GUAGUCGGAAUUCGAUAGUCGCUUAACGUGCACGUGUCUGUUCUCGACGCUCCUAAACUUACAACUUUUGUAAAGUGUGUAUUCGUUUUUAAAAUAAUUGUUUUCGUGACAGUGAUGGAUUGCAAUACUUCAGGUGUGUCUGGUGCCACGGGUACUAAAGUAGUGACACGAAAAUACUUGUUUGACCAGAUACAAGGCCAAAAUUUACCAAGUUUUAGUGAAAAACUCGAUUAUUAUGAAGAGUUUCUUUUGUUUCGCUAUGGAGACACAGAAAAUGAUAAAAAGAGUUUUAAGAAAAUAUUUUCAUAUGUGAAAACAGAAUUGAAGAAAAGAUGGACGAAAGCUAAUAAACACAAAGAAGUUUUCCUUAAAAACCAAGAUUGGUUAGAAGGAACUUUUGAGAUCCCAAUAGAGUCGCGCUCUCCUCAAGGUAGACCACCUAAAUCUUUUGAAGAUUUAAGUGAGCACAGCAAAAGAAGGAAAACGAAAGAAACUUUGGGCCCUGACGUCGUUGUCCACGCUGCACAGUCGGUUUUACAAUGUACGGGGCACAGAGAUGCUUCAAAAGUUCAUAAAGAAAUUCCCAAUUCGCCUACACGAGCCAGCACAGUCAACAACGACGACGAAGUAUCACCUCCACUGACGCCUCUGCAAGCACUCCAAAUGUACGUUGAAGCCGAUCUUUCUAGACGGCAAUACGAAAUAAUAAGGGCAACAAACCCAAAACAUUUCCCUUCCUACGUUCUUUUAGUAAAGGCGAAAAAAGAAUGUCAACCGCCAGAAUAACAUGGAUUCAUAAGUGUAACGGCUACUUCCGGUACUUUGAUAAUUUGAUUUUUGUGAAAAUGAAUAUAUGUUUUAGUGUAAAAAUGUUGUUUAAAAUCAAUAAAAAAAAUUGUUUUGUAUCAAAAA